AUGGUUGACAGUGAAACAGAGUCAGAGUCGGGAGAGGAAUACUCUUUCGCCUUACCCGGCGAAGGCCCCUCGACUUCCCAACUGUCUCUCACAACGCUUGAUGUAGAUCAACACACGACUGUGAUUCAAGUUAUACGCAACGCCUGUAUGGCCGAACUCCCGACUAAUGUUGAAGGACGCGCAAAGGUUCUGGAGGCAGCGAUCAAGGUUGUUCAAUUUCUGGAUUCUAUGCUGGAGUCGGGGAACGUUCUGGGAGAGCUGACGAGUAACUUUAUACCGCUUGUGGAACCAAAAUUUCUUUCGAUUUUGUUCGGUCAUCGGAAGAUUUUUCGUCGCAUUGCAACUCAACAGUUGCUGCCCAUGGCCGACAACGCAUCUAUGGUGGUAUGUUGGGUCGAUAAUCUUCUCGCCAAGCUGUCAGAAAUCACGUCUCUGAUGGCUGGUGGGCUUGUUCGCUCUACGCAAUCUGAAACUACGUUUCUCACGCGACGACGUGAGCACGACACUCUCGUGGCAGCUACCCAACUUCCAGACGAUUGGUCAUCAGUGGCGUCCGUUCUUGAUGCUCCGCAUAGCUCUCCUGCUGCUAGAAGGCUUGCACUCCGGUUGCUUUUCGCUGCUUUCAUGGUUGGACCGUGGCUCUCAGGUAGUGAUCCCUGGAGUGAUCCCGAAAAUAUAUCAACACUGGACCUUCUGAGGAUUUUGAAUCACUAUAUUUCUCAAUCGUCUUCCAACGCCUGGACAUACGUAUCUGAACCAGAUUGCACUCGCGAACGUUUAACAUUCGCUAUAACAUUAUCUUUAUAUGCAGCAGCAGAUACCGAAGACCGCCGGCGCCGCAACCAUUCGCCUUUACGACCCCGAACUUUGGCAAGCCUACUGAACUAUAUGCAUUACAUUGUGUCGCCCCCAAACAUACCCACUGGCGAGAAUAGGACAUGGCUCACCUCAUCGUUUGAGCCGCUUGAUCCACCACAGACGCUAUUGUUAAGAUGGCGAGAGACAGUUCUUUGGUGCUGGCAGACGUGGAAGGACAGUCGUACUGCAAACUCGGACAGCGUCAUCCAUAUGACGGCUCAGUGGCUUUUUCAUUGCGAUACAGAGAGGAUCUUGACUGGAAUAGGUGCGAUAGAUUCCAAGCGAAUGCUACUGAACGACCCCAGAGCAUGCAGCGCUGCGAUUACACGCUUGUUACACGAACUUGUAGAUGUAAUACUAUCAUCCCCAGGACUUACAAGCCAAGAUCUAAGGUUCUAUACGCUGAUCUCAAAAACCACGAAAACAUUUCUUCGUUUAUUUCGGGAAAACUUCACCGACCAAGGCUUCCAGAGGCCGGGCGAGACGCAGGAAAUCUUCAAAUAUCUGGCGAGCCUUUUCGUUCUGCUGCCUGAAAAAGGAGGAGAGUGUUCUACUGCAACGAUCAAACACCGCUUGUUAGAAACGUCAACGCUUCUAGACGUCGCAAUUAUCAGGCAUGUCUUACCUUCGCUUUGCAAAGAUAAAAGAUUGGCGUUCAUAGAAAAAAUAGAUGAUUUAAUGUUUAGGACAAGGAAGUAUCUCACUAGCAGAACAGAGGAACUUCACUCGGAUGAAGUUGUCAGAGUGAACCUGGACUUCAUUUCGUUUGUAUGGUACAAUACGGGAAAAGGUGUCCUUCCUCGUCAAGCAAUAGCGCCAUUCAUUUCGGCGUUGCUUGAAUACCUCAGGCCGGAAACCGGAGGGUUUGCUUUCAAUUCCGCCAUGUCGUGCCUCUCCAUUCUUGGUGUUCAUCCCAGCUGUGACAUCAAACAUCACAAGACAGGCUUAUGGAGGGUUUGUAUACAGGCGCCGUGUUCUAAUCUCGCGAUCGCUGCUAGCUUUGCAUAUUCUAUAUUGCACGACAAUCUCGGGAACGUCAAUGAUGUUCUUCGUUCCCAGGCGUUCAACUACCUAAGAGGUAGUCUCGCACUGACCAUCCGGGGAGAUUUCAUUGAUAAGGACGAGCCGGUCGCACUCUCAGUCUCAACUCUACUCUGUUCAGCGUUGUUGCGCCUCCUCGAUGCAGAACUUCCUGCACUCACGUACAUGGUUCUAUCCCCAUGGACGAAAACCUUUUGUGUGAAUCUCAAGGCUUUGUUACAUUCCGACUGCCCAAACUCUUCAUAUCGAGGUAUCUUGAAAAGACGGCUAGAUUCGAUGGGAAACAGACUGUUAAAUUUGAUCGAGGGUAGGAGCAAGGAUGAUGGUUCUGAGAGUUCCCAAAACACACACGUUGAAUGCCGUCUUAUUAUGUGUGAAACCCUUGACGUUCCGUCCCUCAUUUUCGUCCCCGAUGAAUAG